AUCCACCAGAUGAAGGGGGAGUAUGACACAGCCCUGAAGCUCCACAAAGCCCACCUGUCCUUCGCCCAGGAGCUGAGUGAUUAUGCUGCCCAGGGGAGGGCGUACGGUAACAUGGGUAAUGCCCAUCACGCACUGGGCAUCCAUGACCAAGCUGUCCGGUUCCACCGACAGGAGCUGCAGAUCUCACUGGAGGUGAAUGACCGCCCGUCCCAGGCCUCCACACACGGGAACCUGGCUGUAGCCUAUCAGGCGCUGGGGGCUCACGACCGGGCUCUGCAGCACUACCUUCACCACCUGACCAUCGCUCGAGAGCUGCAGGACACUCAGAGCGAAGCACGAGCACUAGCAAACCUGGGUAACUUCCAUAGCUGCAGAGGGGAGUACGCUCAGGCUUUGCCGUACUACCAGCAGUACCUGGCUCUGGCUCCAGGCCUGCAGGACCUGGAGGGAGAAGGCAAGGUGUGCCACAACCUCGGCUACGCUCACUACUGCCUCGGACAGUACAGAGACUCUGUCAGGUAUUAUGAGCAGGACCUGGCCUUGGCUAAGGACCUCCAAGACAAAUUAGCCCAGGCUAAAGCCUACUGUAACCUUGGCCUGGCCCACAAAGCACUGGGGGAGUACAAGAAGGCAGAGGAGUGUCAGAGAUACCUGCUCUCUCUUGCUCAAGCCUUGGAUAACACUCAGCAGGCGGUUUUCAGGGCCUAUGGGAACCUGGGAGAUGUGUGUGUGUGUCGGGGUGAUCUCCCAGGAGCUGUGAGGUUUCACCAGCAGCAGCUCAGUCUGGCUCAGAAGGUCAAGGAUCAGAAGAUGGAGGCUGACGCUUACUCUGCACUUGGAUCAGUUCACAGGAUGCUCCGCCAGCUCGAUACAGCCCUGUCCUUCCACAGCCAGGAGCUGACCGUGCGUAAGGAUCUGGGUGAUCAGCAGGGGGAGUGCCGUGCCCUGGGCCACCUGGCCGCGGUUCACAUGGCCCUGGGAGACUAUGCUACAACCUUCCAGUGUUAUGAGGCCCAGCUCGGCCUGGCGCAGGGUCUCAGGGACGCCCGUCUGGAGGCCCAGGUUCAUGGGAACAUGGGCAUCACCAAAAUGAACAUGGGGGUGUUUGAGGAAGCUAUUGGAUAUUUUGAGCAGCAGCUGGCCAUGCUGCAGCAACUGAGUGGCACUGAGAGCAUGCUGGACAGAGGCAGGGCGUAUGGGAACCUGGCAGACUGCUAUGACGCUCUGGGAGACUAUGAGGAGGCGAUUCAGUACUAUGAGAAAUACCUGACAGUGGCUCAGAGUCUCAACCAUGUUCAGGACCAGGGGAAAGCCUACAGAGGACUGGGCAAUGCACACAGGUCCAUGGGUAGUCUCCAGCAAGCACUGGUGUGCUUUGAGAAGCGGCUGGUGGUAGCACAUGAGCUGGGGGGGGAAGGAGGGGGCAAGGCACAGGCCUACGGGGAGCUGGGCACCUUACACAGCCAGCUGGGCAACUACGAGCAGUCCCUCUCCUGCCUGGAACACCAGCUGAACAUCGCACGCACAGCGGGGGAUAAAUCCCUGGAAGCAGAGGCAAGUGAUGCUCUCGGAGGUGUUUAUCAGCGGAUGGCAGACAACGAGACAGCGCUACAGUGGCACCAGCGAGCUUUGGAUAUAGCGGAGCAGACGGGCUGUGUGAGGAGCCAGGGUCGAUCCUACGGGAACCUGGGAAUGACCUACGAAGCUUUAGGGAAGUAUGAGCGGGCCGUGGUCUUCCAGGAGCAGCACCUGAGUGUGGCGGCACAAACCAACGAUCUGAUCGCCAAAACUCUCGCCUACGGGAGCCUGGGGAGGACACACCAUGCACUGCAAAACUAUGCACAGGCUGUGAUGUACCUGCAGGAAGGUCUGCGCCUGGCAGAGCAGUUAGGGCGGAGAGAAGAUGAAGCUAAGAUACGACAUCGCCUCGGCCUGUCUCUGUGGGCCGGAGGCAACCUGGAGGAGGCACAGCACCAGUUGUACAGAGCGUCCGUAUUAUUCGAGACAAUUCGUCAUGAGACGCAGCACAACACGGAUUACAAGCUCUCUCUGUUUGAUCUGCAAACCAGCUCGUACCAGGCUCUCCAGAGAGUCCUUGUCAGCCUAGGCCGUCACGAUGAGGCCUUGGCCAUCGCAGAACGAGGGCGAACACGAGCCUUCGCCGAUCUCCUGGUUGAACGCCAGAAAGGGAGCCAGCAAACGGCGAGCACUGACCCUUACAUCCCAGUUACUGUGGAACACAUCCUGGAGACGGUCAACGGUCAGAGGGCCAUGGUGCUCUACUACUCUCUGGCUGGAGGCUUUCUGUAUAGCUGGCUGAUAGCUCCAGGGACAGGUAUUGUGAAGUUUAACGAGGUGUAUCUCGGAGAGGCCGGAGUGGAGGAUUUCCAGGAUGGUGGUGGGAGCCCGCAAAGUGGAGGAGGAGGGGGGGGUGGAGGUCCUCAGUCCUUGGAGCAAUACAUCUGCAACGCUAGAGAGGCUCUAGGAGUGGACAGCCAUUACAGCAGAGCUUGCUCCAGCAGUGAGACUGAAAGUGAAGCCGGAGAUCUUUUAGAGCAACAGUUUGAGGAACUGAACAACAAAUUGACGUCAGCCACCGACCCAACAGGCUACCUCCGCAUGGUGUCCAGAAAUAACAUCUUUAACAGAAGCUGUCAGAGCAUGACGAGUCUAUACAGCGCCACAGUAUCUCCAGUGAAGGACAGCUUACACUCUCCUCCUUACCGGCCGAGUACUAUCAGCAAACCUCCUCUACGUGCCCUUUAUGAUUUACUUAUAGCUCCAAUGGAAGGGGGCCUGAUGCACAGCAGUGGUCCUGUGGGCCGACAUAAACAGCUCGUGUUAGUUCUGGAGGGCGAACUGUACCUGAUCCCAUUUGCCUUGCUCAAAGGCAGCUCUUCUAAUGAGUACCUUUAUGAAAGGUUCAGUCUCAUUUCUGUACCUUCUUUAGGCAGCCUGGGAACAACAAUCAAGCCUCAUCCUCGUCGCGGUGGUCCCUCCCUUUGCUCAGAUGGAGGUUCAGUGGCUGCUGUGAUUGGGGCUCCUCGUCUGCCCUCCUCCGUGAUGGACCGCUGGUUGUGGGGUCCCUUACCUUCAGCCCAAGAUGAGGCUCUUUGGCUGGGGGAGCAGAUGGGAUGUCAUCCCCUAACUGGAGCCAAUGCCACAAAGGAGCGUGUGCUUGCCGCUCUCAGUCAGGCCGAGUGUGUUCACUUUGCGACUCAUAUCUCUUGGAAGCUCGCUGCUUUGGUUCUCUCUCCGAGCCAGGAGCAUGCUGGGGGAGAGGGGGCGGGCGGGCGACCCAGGGAGAAGUCCCCAUGUACGGGGUCAACCUCUGGUGAGACUGCGGGUCAGGAGGGAAAGAUCAAGGGUUUGUUUCCGGAGAGACUCAGGGGAGCAGAUGAAACGAGCGAGGACGGGGAUAGUUUGUGUGACAUGGAGAGUGUGUGUGACGGUCCAUCUCUUCAUGACUUCCUCCUCACGGCUGCUGAUAUACUGGAUCUGUGCUUGAACGUCAAACUGGUGGUUCUGAGGUUGUACCCGGAGUCCAGCAGCAAGGUGACGUCUGACGGGCUGGUGGGUCUGACCCGGGCCUUCCUGGCUGCCGGCGUCCAGUGUGUGUGCGUUUCUCUGUGGCCUGUACCGAUAGCUGCCUCCAAGGUCUUCACACACACCUUCUACACAGCGCUUCUCAACGGGACCAAAGCCAGCGCAGCUCUGACAGAGGCCAUGAAGACUCUGCAGAGCAGCAAACACUUCUCACACCCCUCGAACUGGGCUGGCUACAUGCUGAUUGGCACUGAUGUGAAGCUGAACAGCCCCAUGUCACUGGUGGCUCAGGCCCUGGCAGAGAUCCUGCAGUACCCAGAGAGGGCCAGGGACGCCCUCAGAGUGCUGCUACACCUGAUUGAGAAGUCUUUGCAGCGCAUUCAGAGUGGCCAGUGUAACCCGAUGUACACAUCACAACAGAGCGUAGAGAACAAGGUCGGGGGGGUUCCCGGGUGGCAGGCCCUCCUGUCUGCGGUGGGUUUCCGGCUGGACUUCUCUGGUAACUGUUCCGGUCUGCCUGCGGCGGUUUUCUUCCCCACCUCAGACCCCGGGGAUCGGCUGCAACAGUGCAGCGCCACUCUUCAGUCCCUGCUCGGUCUCACUCCUCCAGCUCUGCAGGCUCUCUGUAAACUGGUCACAGUAUCUGAGGCUGGGGAGCAGCUCAUUCAUAAGCUUCACCAGGUGCUGGUUCAGUUGCAGUCGGGCGACAAAGAGCAAGACUUCUCUCUGGCUCCCAUUCAGGUGUCCAUCAGUGUGCAGCUCUGGAGGCUUCCAGGCUGCCACGAGUUCAUGGCUGCACUCGGUUUUGAUCUCUGUGAGGUGGGUCAGGAGGAGGUCGUGCUGAAGACUGGAAAGCAGGCCAGCAGGCGCAUCAUGCACUUUGCCCUUCAGUCUCUUCUGGCACUUUUCGACUCCACGGAGCUUCCCAAGCGACUGAGCAUGGACAGCUCCUCCUCCCUUGAAUCUCUGUCGUCCUCCCAGUCGGCCUCCCAGCCUCACUCCUUACCCCUCUCCUUUGGGUGCUAUCCCCCCCAGCCGUCCUUCUUACCCCCCGUCUGCCCCGACAACCUCUCCUGCGACGCCAUCUCCGUCUACAGCCUCAGCUCCCUCGCCUCCUCCCUCAGCUUCCUGUCGCGACCUGAGCCCGCAGGAAGUGACAUCAUCAGCCAGCGCUCACAUCAGCAAGAUCUGGACAGACAUCGCGGAGGAGGAGGCCUCUAUGCCUCGAAACGCCACACAGGAGGCAUGUCAAGAGGAAGAAUGACCAAUCAGGGAGGAGGAACGUCAGGAGAAGGGGAGGAAGAGGAGUACGAGGGUUACUCCAUUAUUAGCAGUGAGCCUUUAGGACGAGGGAGGAGGGAAUGUGACACGCUGCCACUUCCUGCCGGACACAGAAACGGCAGAGGUGGUGCUGGGAGAGGGACAGCCGGGGGUCAUGGGUACCCUCUUACUAUUUCCUCCAAGGGAAGCAUCAGCUCACCUACAUCUCCCAUUAAAGCUCCACAGCUGCCCCUCAAAGUUCUUACCAGCUCCAAGUCCAAGCAGGAAAUCUCUCCUCCUCAGAGGACAGCGAAAGCAAAGGUCAGCAGCUCUGAGUCGGACCAGUCGAGUACUGAGACCGACAGCACGAUCAAGUCCCAGGAGGAGAGGAUGGGGCCCGCAGGACAGCUGGACCCCCAGGAACUGGCCCAGAAGAUCCUGGAGGAGACACAGGUCCACAUGCAGGCUGUGGAGAGCCUGCAGAAAGCAAACAUUAGGGGGAAAACACUGAGGGGGUCUGAGGGGGGAGAAGAGGCGCAUGCCAGGCAGCAUUCAAUGUCGACUCCCACAACUCCAACUCUGACUGGAGCGACACGAGGCUUCCAGCCCUCUGAGACCAGUGCGUUUAGCAGACCGCCCAGUAGAGCAAGUCUAAAGGCUUGCUCCUCCCCUCUUUCCCCCUCUGGUCAGUUCUCACCCCUCUCCGCUGCUGUUUCUACACCUCCCUCAACUCGACCAAAACCGCCAUCCCGCUCCUCAUCGCUGCAGAAAAUCAGCUCCGGCUACAACAGCCCGGCUCAUUCCUCUCCCUCUUUAUCUCUCUCUGUGAAAGAACAAGGGUCGCCUUUCCACACCAAUUCCCCAGAUGUGCAUGUACAGGCCCAGCUCAAACUGAAAUACCCGACCUCACCUUACACCACCCACAUCUCCCCUUCCCACUCUCCUGCUGGCAGUGCCCCAUCGCCGGCCCUUUCUUAUUCCUCCACAGGAUCCGUUUCAGCCUCCUCCAGCCCUGCAAACACCCCCGAACCCAACCAGCCAAAGCGUGACCAUAAAGUCCAAGCGAUUCAUAACUUAAAAACCUUCUGGGCCAACGCUGGCCAGAAACAAGAGGGGCCCUGCCCUGCCAGUUUACUCCGAGGGGGGAAUAAAAAAAUGAGUACAGUUCAGAAAGAUGUUUUGGGUUUGCUUAAUCUCUCACCUAGAAAUGAGUCUGUCAGAAAAAAUCUAGAAGGAUCUGAGGAUCAUAACACUGGCGAGAGACCAAAUGGUCACCAAAAACUGGAGGCUAAAACCCCUCCACCUCCAUCGGCUAACUCUAAAGGAAGCAUCAAAAUUCCCUCGGGGAACGGCUACAAGUUUCUCUCACCUGGACAUUUUUUUCCAUCCUCUAAAUGUUGAGAUAUUUGCUGAACCCAGAGGGACAAUCUUCUGUUUCAUUUAUUGUGCUAUGAAAGAGGCUAUCAAUUUGUCAGCUAAAUACUACCACAUUUUUUAAGUAAUACCUGCUGAGGAAUAGGAUUAAAAAUGCUGUUUCAUACUGACUGAGUGAUUUUACACAUCACUACUUUAUGUGAAGGGAUGUUACAUUUGUGAAUGUGAUGACUGUGCCUUCUCCUGGAGAGAGCUGGAAGGACAAAGUGAGAAGUGUUGAGUCUCUGGCUUUAAUUGUGUUUUGAUGACUGACUAGAGAGCAUGUGUCUCAAUGCCUCCAUGUACUGUACUCACAGUCUGUUGACUGAAUGCCUGAGAAAAGGAGAACAUUUUAUGUCAACCUAAAUGCUCGCUAUAUUGUUGUAAGUUAACCUGAAUUUGAUCUUGAGUUAUUGUGUGAUAACUAUUGGUAAAUGUCACUAUCAAUGCUUAUGGUUGUCAUUUAUUUUGUAAAGUAAACAGUGUUUUCCAGUCAUUAUUAUACAUUUUAUAAAGACAAUUAAAAAAAGGACGAAAGGAAAACAUUUUGAUAUUUUUUAUGGAGAUUUUAUGUGUGAUUGUCAGCAUGGUGCCUCUUGCUGUUCAGUGUGUUAGCCACUUUAUAAUGUAUCAUUUUACAGCAGUGCCAGACUCCUAUUUGGAAAUAUUUCAAUUCUCAAGAAGUGGACAAAUAAAAACGUUCUUUUCCUUG